GAGGUUGAAAGAAGAAGAAAAGAAACUCAAAGCUGAGGAAGAGAAAAAGAAAAAGGCAGAAAAAGAGGCUGAAAAAGCAAGUGUGUUGGAUGUCGAAAAACACAAUAUGGAUAAGGAGAAAAUUCAAAAUUCUUGCGACAUUCAAGGAAAGGAAAAUGAAAGUCUUCAGGACAAUGACAAGAAAGUGAAUGGAGUCUGUGAAGAUUCAAAUACAGAUAACCAACAGAUUAAGACUUCUACUGAAGAUGUGCUGCGCAAAAGUGUUGUGUCCGCUUCUCAAGUACCUGAUACCACUUCUCACAAAGAGGGUUCUGUUGUGAGUGAUCCUUCUCGUAAAUCCAAUCUUGAUUCAGAGGAACAACCCAGGACGCCUCCAGCAUCUGGGAGAAAAUCUAAAGCAUCAACGUCUUCUCCUGUCAUGAAGUUUAUGCCUCAUCCUCCAUCUCGUCCUCCGUCAGCUGGUCCAGAAGUGACAGACGCCACCACCAUUUCGUCAGCUUCAACAAAAAGUGCAGAAGCCCUUGUGUCUGGAGCUGCUGUAGUGGCAACAACAGCUACAACAAAAACAGCUGCUGAAGCAGUCACAGUGACUGAAAUAAAGCCCAUGGCCCCUACUCCUGUUGUAGAGCAAGCUCCUGUGCUUGAAAAACAGGAGGAUCCAGUAGAAAAACAAAGAUUGGCUUGGAUGAAAAACUGCGUUCCAUGGAGCAAAGUGAGCAACGAGCCAUGGCGUCUGAAGCCCAAUGCACAGCGAAGCCACAAGAGGCCGUCGUCUGCCAAGAAACUGCCAGCCCUGUCCGAGGCAGUGAUCCUGUCUGCUGCUCAGGCAGAGACUUUGAGACAGGUAUCUUCAGUGGAACUGACCAGCCUGCCUGGCUGCUCUCUGUCCACUCUGAGUCAGUGCUGGUCACUGCGCUACUUGACCGUCACCAACUGUGGUCUCAUUUGUCUCGAUGGGCUCAGCCAGUGUAAACAUCUGCACUACAUCAAUGCUGAGCAUAACAACAUAGAGCAUUUAGACUUGAAGGAUCUGGGAAGUUUGCAGGUGCUGAGGCUGGCACACAACCGACUGAACAUCGUCCAUGGGUUGGAGGGUUGUAUCAAUUUGCGAUGGCUGGACCUGAGCCACAAUCGCAUUACCAAACUUUCUGGGCUUGGAGCACUGCGUCGACUGCAUACCCUGCGAGCCUGUCACAACCAGCUGGUCAGCACUGAAGGUCUGGAGGAAGUGGUCACUCUGCAGCGCCUUGAGCUGUCCCACAACUACUUACAAGCCUUGACCAAGCUGUCAAGAAUGUGUUUGCUCACCAUCUUGGAUGUUUCUGCCAACAAUCUGCAAAAGGUCCCUGAGUUUAGUAAUCAGGUGCUAUUACAGCAUUUAAAUCUGCGAGAAAACAGUAUCAAGUCUUUAGAAGAUUGCAGUAAAUGCUGGUUACCCCUUCUGGAGUCACUGAACUGUGGUCAAAAUAUGUUGGAAAAUUUGAAUGGCAUAGACAAAUUGAUCACGUUGUCUGAACUGGAUGUCAGCUCCAAUCAAAUUACAGAACCUGAGGUGGUCACUGAGGGCCUUCACCUGAGCGGAAAACUCUCAUCUUUAGUUCUGGAAGGGAAUCCUCUGGUUGAUGUCUACUUUAAUGAGUACAGGGACAUUCUCUUCAAAGCCUUGCCAAUGGUAAGCUGUAUUGAUGGAGUGCAAAGGCAGGGAGCUGCUGACUUGGGACCUGAAAAUACUGAUGAUGACUUUACACUGAUGUGUCUCUCUCAGACAGCUGCACAUAAGAAGUUGGCAAUGAAUUUUGAUGCUCAGCUUCAGGAGCAUGAGGUCAGUGCUCCAGGGGCAAGUGACAACUUGUGCUCGUGUUUCUUCACUUUCUGCGACACAUCUUUCAAGAUGGCUGCCGAGUAUCGCUCCUCCCACGAGUACGGAGAUAUAAGUGUGACCAGUAGCAUCAGUGACUUCACUACAACUGUGUCAACUGACUUGUCCAGCAAAAUGUCAAAAUUUAAUUCAACUGAUACUGACAAAGUUACCACUGGUGAUGUUACUGACAGAAAGUCAAAAUUUGAAGCUGCUGUUGCUGCUCAAGGUCAUCUCAUGUCUAGUGAGAAUUUUCCAGAGUCUGCACGCUCUAGUAUAAACGGUAAUCACAGUACUGCAUCUGUGAGUAACAAUAAAUCGAAGGGUUCUCAAAGAAACAGUGGCUUGUCAAGCAGUGUGAAAUCGGUGACUGAGAAAAGUAAACUUCUGUCAAGUGUUGAAGCAGGCCAUACACCAGUGUUAAAUACAGGUGCUAACAAAAAGAAAGUUCUGGAUGACUCUACAGAUUCCUCUGACUCGGACUCUGAGGCAGAAAAUGAUCCAAGCCUUUAUCCAAGUGCUACAGACCACCAGAAGAGAUUGCAGGUAAUGGCUCCUCAGUCUGCAGCACCGACUGCAGCAUCUUACAUGAAUGAAAAAGACAAAUUUGAAAUGGCUCUGCAAGGUAAAAGUACUGCAGCAUCCCAUGACAGAAAUAUCCAGCAUGGUGUCAACGAUAGGAGACACUCCAAACCACAGAAUGAUACCCUCCACAGUUCUAGCUAUGGCGUCAGUAGUUCUCAACACCACUCGUCUCAGUAUUCCACGAACAAUCUCCAUUCCAUGCCAGACAGUGCUCGCCUUGGUCAAAAAGAUUUGUUUGAGCGAGCAGUUCAGCAGCAGCAGCAGACAGCUACAGCAACACCAACAGCUGUCUCCGCUAAAGCCAUGUUUGAUAUGGCUGUGUCCGGUGGAGGCAGCAGUAGCUCAAUGGGAAUACAGCCGGAGACAAUGCGGGCAAGGAGUAUCCCAUCUGGAGGGACUGACUUUAACCCACAGCAUGGGGUCAAGGCUAAUGUAGUGGGCAACCAGCUGAUGGAAGAACCUGGGGAAGACUUAUUGAAUGACCUUGACCUAGCAGCCCUAGGUAUGGAUGGAGACUUUUCCUUCGAUGGCCUUGACUUUGAUAUAGACAAGUACUUGGAUAUGAAUGAUUUGGAUGAGUUUUUGGAAAAAGGAUGGAGGCCAGCCGAGUCACCCCAAAUUCCUCAAAGCUCAUAUCCAGUCCUUGGAAAAAUAGGCUCAGCUGAGUCUAACUUCAAUAACAACCACAACGGCAUGAGGAAACCCAUCCAAGACUCGAGUCUGCACCGCACAGGCCUGGGGAUGACUGCUCCCCCACCCCCCAUGCAGCCAUCACACGCCUGGAAAGAUGCACCAGUUCCGGAGCUGAUGGGGAAGCCGCCUCGCCCCUCCCCGCUUCCCGCCCCAUCUCCGAGCCCAUCCUCAGUAGCUAGUGCCGCAGAGACUCUCGGUGGUGGGAGCAUCCGCUCCAAGAAGGAUGAGCUGUCAGAUGAGUGGGGUUUUAAGGACAGUCGAACAGCAGAACUUAUGAUGGCAAGAGCCAAGAAAAUGAAAUACAAUGCAGAGAGAAAGCGGAAGCUGAGUAAAUUGGAUCCCAAACAAAGACUUCAGCUAUUUAGGAGAUUGGAAGAGUCUGGAAAAAUCCACCCUGUCAGACCACCACCUGCCAAAGUCUUGCCAAGGAAGGAAUAUUUUCAAGCGAGGGAGGAAGAAGUUCAGCGACAAGAGCUCGAAAGAAGAGUGGAAGAACACGCACGUGUCAAUCGCACAUUUGAGUGGCUGCACACACAAGUAGGGGACCACCCAGUGUCCAGCUCUAGGAUCAACCCUGGACCUGGUGCAAUGCACACUCACAGUGACAGCAACAUGAGCAAAAACCCUCACAACUUCGACUAUGGUCCAAGAAAGACCAGCCCUGGUUCUGACUACAUGGAUUCAGUGAGUGCACAUGGAGGUCAUGGGGGUCACAGAUUAGGCCGCAGGUUCUCCACUGAAGAGGCUCAUGCUGGAAACUCACCGAUGCUGCCACCGAUACAGAUCGGUGCUGUGCCAUCUACACACAAAGAUGAGAGGAUGUCAUGGAGGAAUGAACAAGUGGACAAAAGUCUGGGAUGGGGAGGAGGGAAGAAAAGAGGAAAGAAUUGAUGUGAUCGAGCUGCUGUGAUAGUGUGUGCGUCUGAGGAAUACCUGAACUCUUUGUAUUUUCUUUGAGUGAUGAGAUUGGGAUUUAACCUGUAUUCUUUUUAUGAUGUUCAUUUGUUUCUUUUUAAAUGAUACUCAGAACCUAUCUGUGCUUUUCAUGUGUGUAUGUGUGUCUGCUUUCAUGAUAGUGCUGAGCAAAGGACUGUUCUUUAAGGCAGAUGUUCUUGCCUUGUAUUUCUUUCUAUUUAAUUCCCUAGUCAUUUUCUUUCAAAGCAUUCUUGUAUUUGAUGACAUUUCUUAACCCUUACAGCCCCAGUUGUGUGUAUUUUCUUCACAGGGUGCUGCCCAUCUCAAACCUAGGAGUGCAUAUUUCCCUCACAUGGUGCCAACCACCUCAAACCUCAUUGUGUGUUGUUUUGCCAUAAUCCAUCCAAUGAUCUCGUAAAAAAUAUUCCACACAUUAUCUUCCCAAAAUUCAAACAAAGCAGUAUAGUAAUUUUUUUUAAUGUCUGCCAAAAAUUACAGACGCAAUCAGUAUUGGAUGGGCCUGAGGAGUUGAGGACUCCAGUAUUACUUGGGCCAGAGAGAAGUAAGAGCUAAAAAUAGCCCGGUGCUGUAAGGGUUAAAUUUUCUUUUGCCCAUCUUACUGAAGUCCAUGAGUUUGAAAGCUUAGAAUAUUGUUUUCGAAGAGAAGGAAAAAAAAGUAUGAAAAAGUAUGGGCAGAGACUCAUCUUUGGUAGCAGAUGUCAGUCUGUCUCACUUCAUUACUUUGAGAAUGUAGCUGGUGACCGCGUGCUUGAAACAGAAUCAUAUUAUAUAUAUAUAUAUAUGACAAAUGAUUUGUGAAUUCUGACCUGAAAUGCUUCCUUGACUGGAAACUGGGACUCUUGAUAACAGCACCAUUUUUUUUACUCAUUCUGCAAACCGUACCAUUAAUUUGUAUGUUAGUGUAUGAAGUGUUUUUAUGUUUAUAGUAUUUUUCAAGAUCUUUUUUUUUCCUUAUGUCAUACAUGAGUUCCUGUUGGUUACAAAGUGUCUGUGAUAGGCCCCACCUUGUAUUUUCUACUUUGUUAUUUCCCUCUGUCAUCUUCUUUGAUAAACAUAAUAUCUGAUUACUUUCUUGGUGCUGACAUAUUUUGAUACUUAUCCUGAACUGAGCUUUGGUGCCUUUCACCAUCUAAAAGAAAAGAUGAGGCUGAAGACGAUAUUUCUUCCUCUGACUUACUUUUAAAUCAAGUUUGUGUGUGAACAUCUAGGAAGAGAAAGAUAAGGCUUACAGGUUCACUUGUGGGUGGAAAGUGGGUAUAAUUUUCAAAAGCAGGAUUACCUCAAAGAAUUAAGGUAAAGAGAUUUGAGAAGAGAUGUUGAAACUUAGAGCAAACACACUUGUACAAGUGUAGUUUGAGUUGUCUUUUUGAAGAAAAGAAAAAAAAGACUUGAAUUUUUGUCCGAAAAUUUCGUUUACAACACUUCAAACUUGUUUUCAUUAUAAAAUCUCUUAUGAUUUUAAUACCUUUGAAUACAUGGUAAGGGUCAAGUGAAAUACAGUUUAUCUGAGGUUUCCUCCUAUAAUGCUUAAGUGGGGUAAGGUUCUAAUUAUAAGUCUGUCUUAUUCUGGCGUGACAAAACCGCAGACUGGGUGGUUGGGGGAUGCCAUGGCAGGUGCUACCUGUUUACUCUCCCUCUGUUGUUUCUGUUCACCUGUUUUGUUUUCCCCAGUACUAGAUAUAAUUUGUGUCGAUGCUUUUUCUUUAUAUUAAAAAUAGCCAUGCCAUCACUGCUGCAGUUCACCUUUAGAGGUUAAUUUUAAUUGACUGUUCAGGAAUUGAAAUGAUGCAUCAUCUGUAAGGAUUUUUAAUAGUUCUCUAAUAGUUCAACUAAUUUCAGAAUUAUGGAAUAAGAGGUGCGAUUUCAACACCUGUCUUUCCUUUACACCAUCUACUAAAUAAAGCAUUGGAAGACUGCUUUCCCUUCACUCAGUAGCUGCUGACAUACUUGAUGUAAAGGUUUGAUUCUUUGGCUAGGGGGCUGGACAGACUAGGAGAGUUGAUGCUGUUAGCAGUGUCGGGCUCAGAUGCGCCGUCUCAAAGGAAGCCUGUUUUACAGGAGAGGCCAGCUACUUUAUAUCAUUGAAAGACCACUUCAACUCAGAUUCAAUUUUGAGGUUUCAUGCUUCUCUGUUUUUUUAAUUUUUCCCACUGGGAUGAAUUUGACCUAUUGUUUUACAAUAUAAUUUACAGAAAAGUCAGGUUGUAGAAAAUGUUGGAGUUGGCCUGUUUGUAUUACUUGAGCCAAACAUUAUGAUAGGCCCAACUCGCAGGACUGUAUCAAACAAAAACUAACAUGUAUGCUCGACAUACUUGAAAGAGCGGUUUAGAUCAAAAUUUUAUGUUUCUAGACUGUUGUCAGUACCGACCUUUUCUGUUUUCUGAGACUUGUUGUAGUGCACAAGACUAAAUAUUAUUUCUAUGCUCAAAAUUUUCGUCAUGGCCACAGUGUCAUGAAGUCUAGCUGUGCUUUUUAUUUAUUCAUUCCGUCAUUCUUUUAUCAUGCUUUAAAAAAAAAAUGAAACGUCGCUUUUGAAAAAUUUGUCAUAAUUGUGUUCAUGGAAAAAGAAAUUUAAUAAACGUUGUGCUC